AUGCAGGAGACACCGUUGUGCCUGAGCGUUGGACACCUUCUCCCUUUCUACAUGUCAGAUUCCAACACAACCGACUUCACCAACCCCUCCACCUUCAUCCUGCUGGGCAUUCCUGGCCUGGAGGCGGCCCAUGUCUGGAUCUCCAUCCCCUUCUCUGCAUCAUGUACUGUCAUAGCCGUCUUGGGGAACAUCACCAUCCUGUUCAUUGUGAAUAUGGAGCCGAGCCUCCAUGUCCCCAUGUACUAUUUCCUCUGCAUGCUGGCCGUCACCGACCUGAUCCUGUCUACGUCCAUCCUGCCCAAAACACUGAGCAUCUUCUGGUUCAAUUCCAGGGAGAUAGAUUUUAGUGCCUGCCUUACCCAGAUGUACUUCAUUCACAGCUUCUCAGCGAUGGAGUCUGGGAUCCUUGUGGCCAUGGCUUUGGAUCGUUAUGUGGCCAUCUGCCAUCCCCUGAGGUAUUCCACCAUCCUGACAAACCCUGUGGUGGCCAAGGUGGGCCUCGCCAUGGUGCUGCGUGGAGGCAUGCUUGUACUGCCCUAUCCCUUCCUGACAAGGCGGUGGCCAUAUUGCAGAACCAACAUCAUCCCUCACACAUACUGUGAGCACAUGGCUGUGGUGAAACUGGCCUGCACAGACAUCCAUGUCAGUAGUUACUACAGCCUCUCUGCAGCAUUCUUGGUGACGGGUCUGGAUGUGUUUUUUAUUGCUGUGUCCUAUACCCAGAUCCUCAGGGCCAUCUUCAGCCUCCCCACAAAGGACGCCCAGCUCAAAACUUUUUGGACUUGCAGCUCCCACCUCUGUGUCAUCUUAACUUUUUACAUCCCAGCUCUCUUCUCCUUCAUCAUGCACCGGUUUGGCCACAAUGUGGCCCUGCAUUUCCAUGUUCUCCUUGCCAACGUAUACCUACUGGUGCCCCCUGGGCUAAAUCCCAUCAUCUAUGGGGUGAGGACCAAACAGAUCUUGGACAGGCUGCUCCGGCUCUUUACUUAUAAAGAGACCUAA